AAUCAACAGCAACAUCAAAUUGCAGAGAUAAACAGAACUAGGAUUGUGGGAUUGGUAACGCUGCCGCACUGGAGCUGGAGGAUUGCCGCGAUGGCAUCAUCUUCGAGAGGCAUACAGCAGUCUAGCGGCUGUGGCUGGCUGCUGCUGGUGCACGGGCUGCUGGCGCUGACCGCGCUUCACAUGCACAGCCUGAAGGGGGCGGCAGUUGAGGCGCUGCCGAUCACCUCGCGGCCCAUUGAGGGCAAUGCACAGAAGGAUGCGUGGGAGGCAUGGUUGCGUCUCCCAUACGAGCAGAAGUCGCUCGAGAAACAGAAAAAGGUAAUGCCCAAAUCGAUAUUCGCAUUGCCUUUCCGCCACUGCCCGCCCGGCCACAAGCUAUACAACGAGCGCUGCAUACCACAGAUCAACAUUGAUCCCACCGAUCUGGUGGCCCAGGAGCUGCAGGGUGCACUCGGCGAAGGCGGUGAGGUUAGCAGUGGCAGCCCCACAGACUACGAUUACAGCGACAGCGAGAGCGAUGAGCAGCUCUACGAGAUGUCCUUGGGGCCGUUCGCUCAGAAAGAUCAGCUGUCCACGCAGCCCAGUGCCAGUGGUGCUGAGGACCAGGCGCUGCCCAGCGAGGAUGCCCCACUCAAGUUCAAUAUAUUUGAGAAGAAGUUUCCCACGGCGCCAGAGGCUGUGCUGCAGCCCGAUGUUGUUAAUGCAACGACAGCAACAACAGCAACAUCGACUUCAAUGACCACGCCCACACCCACGCCCACUAUAGCAACAAUGCGCGAAGACGCCCUCAAGGCGCAGCGGCAGCCGGAUAAUCGAAUUGCUGAAGGCGCUGAAGAUCUGCAGGCGGAUGCCAGCAAUGCUCUGCCCAGUACAACUAUCCUUAGCAUCUCCAGCAGCAGCAGCAGCAGCAGCAUUGGCUCCUUUAGCGAUAUUGGGAAUAUCGAUGCCAUUGUUGUGCCAGCGGGCGGACCUCUGGGUGCAGAGCCAAGCGUUCAGCUGGUGACAAGUUCGAUGAGAGAUGUGCCCGAGCCAAAUGUGGUUACAAAGCCGAAUGCGGAUGCGGGGGCGAAAUUUCAGGCAGAAGCAGAGCCAGUGGCAGAGGCAGAGGCAGAGACAGAGGCAGAGGGAGAGACGGACCUGGAGCAACUGCUCAAGGUUGACGCCUUUCUGCCGGCCUAUGGAAGCAGCGUGGAUAUGAUGCCGCCGUUCAGUCAUCGUCGCGUCUCGCCGCUGCUCAGCGCCGAUCUGGAUCUGAGCGAUGAUACGGCCACGGAUAUUGUUCCAGCAGCGGCUGACAGCGAAGCUGAUACAACAACAACAACAGCAACAACAGCAGCAACUGCAUCGUUGGCAACGCCCACAACAACAACAUUGUCUUCAGCCCAGCCGCGAGUGCCAGGAGAAGAACAAGAGCUAGAUCGAGUCGUUGUGAAAAAAUCGAAAGUGCAACCGGUUCAGUUAAGCUCCAUAACUGAAACGACUGCAGCAACCACAACUGCAGCUACGCCAACAGCUACAGCAACAACAAUGACAUCAAUAGCAACAUCAGCAGCAGCAGUGACAACAACAACAGCAGCAACUGUCGCUGCUGCUGCUGAAACCGAAGUUGCUGCAAUACAUCAAGAUGCCAAUGGCAAUACGAGAGAUGAUGACCGGUUUUAUUAUCAGCCUUUUGCCAGAGAUGUUGCUGCCAGUGCCAGUAGCAGCAGCAGCAGCAGUAUUGCUGACGGCGAUUUGGAUGUGCUGAACGAUAUGGCAUCCAGUGACAAUUUAAUGACAAAUACAAUUGGUGGCCAGGGCGACAGUGAGAAGGCGGCAAGUGAAAUUAAUUUUGAACAAGAAUUGCGCAUUAUAAACGAGCUGGUUAAGGACAAGCGGCGAUUAUCGCAGCUGCGACAACAGCAACAAGAGCAGCAGUCAACCAGCAGCAGCACAACAAUACCAACGACAGCAACAGCAACAACGACAGCAGCAACAGCAACGAUCAUCGAAAGCAGCUCAGACGCGUCUAGCACAGCAACAGCAACAACAUCAACAACAGCAACAACAGCAGCAGCAACAACAGCAACAGCAACAGAAACCACAAAUUUUUGGUCGAGCCUCAUGCCAAUGCUGGGCUUGAGCUCAACGGAAUCAACAGCAGCAACAGAACAAUCAGCAGAGACAAUUACAACGACAGCAGUCAUGCCAACAGCAACAACGGCGACAACAGGCAAUGUUGCUGAAAGCUCAACAGCAACAGUAACAGCAGCAGCAAAAGCAACAACAACAAAUGUUGCUAACACAAAAAGCACACAACAUUUAAGUAUUAAUACCAACCGUAGCAAUAGAAAUAGUAAAAUAAUUAGAGUAGAUAGUUUUGGCGUCAGCCCACAGCCAAUAUCAACAGCAACAGCAGCAACAGCAGCAACAUCUGCAAUAGCAGCAACAGCUGCAACAGGUAAAUUCCAAAAUGUGUGGAUGAGACUUGUUGGCUAA